AUGUAUGAUGGUGAUAGCAUGACGGUCGGUAGGCUGUGGUCGGCCGGGUGGCUACUGUUGUUAUGCAGCGGGAUGUGGGCCAGAGGAGUCGAGGGCGCGGUAUUCAAUGAACAGGGUUGCUACAGUGCUACGGAUCUGCUGAACGCAGGUCUUACGUUUCAGGGGACGUACCAAUGGCAGUCUGUGUCGUAUUGCCAGGAGCAUUGCGGGGACGCCGCUGUGGUAGCGCUGUCUAACGGAGACGGGUGCUACUGUGGAAACUCUGCUUCUUUUUUGUCGUCUUUGAAGACCACUGAUGGCUGCGAUACGAAAUGCGCAGGUUGGCCUUACCAGACGUGCGGUGGCAGCUCCGCGAUGGACGUUUAUGUCAAUGCCAAAUAUCAGUCCGCUUUGACGUCGUCGCCGUCGUCAAGCGCAUCCAGUUCCAGUACCAGCACGAGUUCCGCUUCAAGUUCCACGUCUUCUUCCAGCCCAAGCACUAGCUCUAGCGCAACCGCCUCGUCGUCGAGCUCUUCGAGCUCUACAUCAAGUACAAGUUCAAGUUCAAGCACAAGCACAAGCACAAGCACAAGCACAAGCACAAGCUCGAGCUCAAGUUCAAGUUCAAGUUCAAGUUCAAGCUCAAGCUCAAGCUCCAGUUCAAGCUCAAGUUCAAGCUCGAGCUCGAGUUCCAUAACUUCCACAUCUUCAACUUCUUCAACUUCUUCCUCGUCAAUUACUGCAAACCCGUCGACAUCCAUUCAGUACACGACCCACAUUGUUACAACUUCAGUGUCCACGGACUCAAACCAACAGCCGCAGACUGUGUACAUCACUACAACAUCAAUGGCCAGCGAACCGUCAUCGUCGAGCUCCAGUGACCCGAAUAGCCUUUCUGCAGUUGGUAAGGGCUCUAAGGGCAAGAACGGCCUGAGCGGUGGAGCCAUCGCCGGUAUAGUCGUUGGUGUGCUAGUCGGCGUCGCUAUUCUGGCCAUCAUCCUGAUAUUUUUCCUUUGGAGGCGGCACAAGUCGAACCAAGAGCCGGAUUUGGAAGAGACCAAGCAGUACCAACCUUAUUCAUUCGGUGACGCAGACGCCAAUCCAAUCAUACUACCGCCUUCAAGGGCGACCUCCAAUUGGAGAAAAACUUCAAGGACAGAUCUCGCAGCUAACGAUGCUGAUUCCAUCGCGGUACCGACUGGCGGUAUCAGCGCCAACAACAGCUUUAGCAGAAACUCGAACAAGACUAAUAACAUCUUCACACCAGACGACCAGAACGCCGUCGCCUUACGAAAUCAUCCAUCAACCGUUUUCGAAGAGCCUCCAUCUAUUUAUGGCGGGAAUCAAAGAUUUAGCACAGGCUCUCUACCGGACAUGAUGCAAGAAAGACAAUUACGAGUCGUAAAUCCCGACGACAGCAGAAGCCGCUUAGACGAGAUAACCAACGAUGGCCAAGAUCUAGGCGACGACUAUGAUGACGAUGACUUCGAAGACAACUUCCCCAGCACGGGCAGCUCAGGAGAUUCGGUGAUUGAACGAAAACCCGAUUUGUAA